AAUAAUAUAAAUCUUUUAUUUUUUUUUUUUUCUAAAUCUGCUAAAGAAGGGGGUUUCUAUUUUAUAUACAAAAAUGCGGCGUAAUGUUAAAUUGAUUGUAUUUGUUAGCAUAAUAUGGAUGUUUGUCUUGGUCUACUAUUUCCAAUCCAAUACCGAAAAGUUGGAAAAUCGUGCAUUAAGAUUACGUGAAGUUGCUACAGCUAUGCAGCAAUACCAGGACGAGAUGCAACCAGCAAUGGUUACAGCGCAGCAAUUGAACUCUGCCGCUGCUGCGCAUAAUUCGAAUAGACUGCUACAUACUCAUGCCAUAGCUAGUGAUGAUGGUGGGACAGGUCGUACCGGCGAUGAAGAAGAUCCAGGUGGUGUGCCGCAUCCUCGUCUGGGUAGCUCGGCUCUAAACGCUGUAUCACCCCAAGAGCAUAGCACCAAAGGUGGCGGUGACAAAAGCGUUGUUCAAUUAGAUAGCACCGGUCAGAGCAGUUUGCUGGAUGGGUUACACAAUUCUAUAGGUGAAUGGGAAUAUUUUGAUGAGGCUGGCUACAUUAAAGGUGGAGCCUUGAGACCGGGAGAAGAUCCCUACGUACGUAAUCGUUUCAAUCAGGAAGCUAGUGAUGCUUUACCUAGUAAUCGUGAAAUUCCUGAAACAAGACACCCUAUGUGCCGCAAUAAGAAAUAUCGUAAAGACUUACCUGCCACAAGUGUCAUCAUCACAUUCCAUAACGAAGCCAGAUCGACGUUGUUGCGUACAAUUGUCAGUGUAUUGAAUCGUAGCCCAGAACAUCUAAUACGUGAAAUAAUUUUAGUUGACGAUUAUAGCGAUCAUCCCGAGGAUGGACUAGAAUUGGCAAAAAUCGACAAGGUGCGCAUCAUGCGCAACGAUAAACGUGAAGGUUUAGUGCGGUCCCGUGUGCGCGGUGCGGAUGCCGCGGUUGCUGACGUUUUAACAUUUCUUGAUAGUCAUGUUGAAUGCAACGAACAAUGGCUGGAACCAUUGUUGGAAAGAGUGCGAGAAGAUCCCACACGCGUUGUUUGCCCUGUCAUCGAUGUCAUUAGCAUGGAUAAUUUUCAAUAUAUCGGUGCUUCGGCUGAUUUACGUGGUGGUUUCGAUUGGAAUUUGAUAUUCAAGUGGGAGUAUUUGAGUCCAGCGGAAAGAGCGGUACGUCAACACGAUCCCACCACAGCGAUACGUACACCUAUGAUAGCUGGCGGUUUAUUUGUUAUGGACAAAGCUUACUUCAAUAAAUUGGGCAAAUACGACAUGAUGAUGGACGUGUGGGGUGGUGAAAAUCUUGAAAUUUCAUUUCGUGUUUGGCAAUGUGGCGGUAGUUUAGAGAUUAUACCAUGCAGCCGUGUAGGUCAUGUAUUCCGUAAGCGACAUCCGUACACAUUUCCGGGCGGCAGUGGCAAUGUGUUUGCGCGUAAUACACGUCGAGCUGCCGAAGUGUGGAUGGACGAGUAUAAAAAAUACUAUUAUACAGCAGUGCCGUUGGCGAAAAAUAUACCAUUUGGCAACAUUGAUGAACGUUUAGCUUUGAAACAUAAGUUACAUUGUAAACCAUUUAAAUGGUAUUUAGAGAAUGUCUAUCCGGAUUUACAAAUACCAGAAUCCUAUCUUGUGGGACAAUUUAGGCAAAGUGAUAAUUUCUGCUUGGAUACAAUGGGAAAUUUAGUUGAUGGCACUGUGGGACUCUUUCAGUGUCAUAAUACCGGCGGUAAUCAAGAAUGGAUUUUUACAAAACGCGGCCAAAUUAAACACGAUGAUCUCUGUUUGACAUUAGUGCAAUUUGCACGCGGCUCGCAGGUUGUAAUGAAACUUUGUGAUGAGUCCGAAAACCAACAUUGGCGAGUACGCGAAGGCGGUUUUAUACGUCAUCACAAACUAAACGUUUGCCUCGAUUCGAGGGAUCAUCAAGAGCACGGUGUAACAGCACAAGGCUGUAACUCAGCAUUAGAUACGCAACGUUGGAUGUUUACUGUAAGCUAAAGACCGUCAAAUCAUUAUCAUAGAAAAUGAAUCGAAAAGCGAAUGAAUAAGCUACGUAACUAAAGGCAAAAUGCGAUAUAAAAAGUAUUCAUAAAAGACUUUUCAAAGCAAACAUUUGAACAACAGCAACAACAAUAACAGCUCUCUAAAAAGUUUUAAUAUGUCUGUAUGAGUGGAGUAUAUAUAGUAUAAACUCAAUACCAAUAUCAUUGUUUAGUUUAACAAUGAUGAUGAUGAUGAUGAUGAUGAAAAAUGAGAUGAAAAUGAAAAAUCGAAAUCGCCAGCAACAUCAUCACCAUCGGUUGUCUUUGUUAUUGAUGUUAUAGAUUUAUGCGGGUGGGUUGUUGGUCUUGUGUUGUGCUUGCACAGGUGAUAUUUAUGUUAUACGACUGUCUAUAAUGUAUUCAAGUUGUUUUUAUAUUAUUUUUCUGUUGAUUUAUGUGGACUAGCUAACGUUAGCGUUUUCAUUAAAAUGCUUGUUAUGAUGAAAGUGAAAAAAAAGGCAAACAAAUAGAAAUUAUUAUUUUUACUUAUUCUUCUUAAGUUCUUUGUAUCCACUACCAAAGAAUGGGGAAUUCUACUAUUUUCAUUUGAUUUGUAAUAUAUAUACGCUUUAGUUCAAUAUGUGAUAUAGUCUUCACAAGUGAAUAUAUAAGAUGAUUUCAUUCUUUCCUCUUGUCUUUCUUUUUAAAAUAUAUUUUUAACGUUUCGUUACCAAAGAAUAAGGAAAAGUUGCUACUUUCGCUGCUUUUGAAGUCCUUAGAAAUACGCUGCAGAAACUAACAACCAUGUGAUAUUCUUGUUCCAAGUAAAAUUUGAUAUUGUUUUGAGUAUAUCCUCACAGAUGUUUGAUAAUCUGUUCAUAUUUUCAUGUCCUCUAGCGCAGAACAAGGGAAUGCUAGUGUUAUCAUUUCAUUUUUCAAAUCAGCAGCGAAUAAAAACUAUGCGAAGUUCUUAUUCUAAGAAGUUGAUUUAAAAACUUUUCUGUAUCUGUUUGCCUCUUCUAAUAAUGGGAAAUAAUAUUACAGGUUUUCCCCUGGCGAAAUAGAGAAUAAGCACGAGUGGGUAGAGACGAAGCACAAAAUAGAAUUUAAACGUGUUUUCCUAUCUCUGUGUCCGUCCAUUUGUUCCUAAUAACUUUUAAGACCGGAAUGUAUCCACAAAGGAUAUGAAUGAAUCCUGUUAUUGUAUCAUAUAUUAUAUCUUUUAUUAUAUUCUUGUUGAUUCUAGAAAACUAGAAAAUUUCAAACUUUUGUGCCGGAUAAAAUGUAUUGGAAAUGUAUAGCUAGCAUAGAUCAUGUUAACAAAGUUUCAGUUAUAGAUGCGUUUCCGAGAAAAUUUUUUUCCUUCAUUUGUCCAAAACGAGGUAUCGUUUAAUAAGAAAUUUUUAAUUCUAGGUAGUGGGUACUAAAAAUUCGUUUCAGAGCGAAUUAAGUUUUUUUUUAUUUAAUUUUCUCUUUUUAUUUUCCUUAAAAUUUUUUAAUGGGAAAUACACAAUAUUAUAGAGCUAACAAUUACGGGAAGUUAUUUGCUCAUUAGCGAACUUGUUGAUAAGUGUGGAUAUCGUGAAAAACAAAACACAAAACAAUUCUUAGUUAGACUGAAAAUUGUGUAGUCAAAUUUAUAAUGAGUUUUUUCUUAAUUAUUUUUUUCAUGUUGUUUUUUAGGUUUAUUGAAAUAAUUGUACAUUCCAUGAAUUAAUUUUAACUAUUACUAAUUGUGUUCUUAUCCCUUGAGAAGAUUGAUAUUUCCGUUCCACUUUUUAUAAAUUAAAUGUCAAUUAAUUCUUUUGUAUAUUAUUUUUAUAUUUUUGAUAUUU